UGGCAGAGAGGGGGUGGAGGACACUGUAUGGAAGCCAGUUGAGGGAUUGGUAGAGAGGGGUGGAGGACACUGAGUGGAGGAGAGUGGAGGGAUUGGCAGAGAGGGGUGGAGGACACUGAAUGGAGGCCAGUGGAGGGAUGAAUGGAGGCCAGUGGAGGGAUUGGCAGAGAGGGGUGGAGGACACUGAGUGGAGGUCAGUGGAGGGAUUGGCAGAGAGGGGUGGAGGACACUGAGUGGAGGUCAGUGGAGGGAUUGGCAGAGAGGGGUGGAGGACACUGAAUGAAAGCCAGUGGAGGGAUUGAGAGAGAGAGGGGUGGAGGACACUGAGUGGAGACCA